UCUUCAUUGUCGUCCAUGUUGUCUCCAGCAAACGGCAUUCGGAAACACUUUGAACAAACAUCGGACUACAGGAGAGAAGUGCAAUUGCCAAGGAUGAAUUCAAAUAUGGAAAUGGAACAUCGUCCGAAGAGGAUGGCCAACAAGCCGGCCCGGUAUCAAACCACGUCCUCCGACGAAGAACCGCGAAAGCGUUUAAAGGUGGCCCCCGGAAGUAUCGUCGAGGAUAUAACAGACCUGAGAGCUACCUUGGAGGGCGUGGACGAUGAAGUUCUAUCUAAUAAUUAUAGACAACACGAACACACGAACACAUACACACCACUAGACACAUAUUCGCCAUACACAAGCACAUACACACCAUCAAACAUAAACAUAUACUCGCCACACACACCACCAAACACAUACAGGCCACCUCCAACAGCAUAUGCACCACCAACGCAAAGUUUUCAUAUUCCAGAUGCAGUGGAGAGCAGGCCUGAACCACGGAUGCAGCAAGGUACGGAACCUACAAAUCUACAAAUAAGGGAUCUAUAUACAAAAAUUGGCAACCUGGAGUCCAUGGUGACGAAAACCCAUUCAUUAUUGGAGAAGGUGGCGAAGCAGCAGCAGCACCUGCUGCACCAGCAUCAUGGAAUUCCGUCAAAGCCAGCGUUUCUACCAAUUUCAUCGUUGGCUGGAAUGACGGAAUUCCAAAAUAUUGAUGAAGACAGCUACAGGGAAGUUGUAAACUAUUUGGAGUACGUGGGCGGCUUCAACCUGAAGGAAGCAGUCACUCUCUCUUUUAAAGAAACAGUGAGUGACUGCUUGCUAACAUCUUAUUCCUGGUUGGGCCGCGAAGAUAACAAUCUCGCACUUUGCGAGACAAGAAUUGUUCAUGCUAUACACGAUGCCGUGCUCCAGAAUAAGCACUUCCCAAGACCGUCCCGCAAGGAUGUAGCGGAACACUUAAAAGCGGCGCUUCGCACUGCUAAGGAAAGAGUGCGAAGCAAAAGAAGAGGUCCCCGAAAUCCUCAGCAUGAAACAGUGGAUAACUUUUGGACUGCUGAGGAACAAUCACGUUGA